CUCAACGUCAAAGGAGCAACAAUACACGCCAUGAGAGACAAGAAUGUUUACAACAAAAUAAGGGCAUUGCCCCGGAUGAGCUGGUCACCGCACAACCUGUAUAAUCUUUGGCAACGCACAUUUGGCCGCCUGGUUGAAGAUGCUAAUUUUACGAAGACGAACGACGGCUUGUUUAAGCAGCGUUGGAAAGCCAAACGACUUAUUCGAGGAUACCAUGGUGACUUUGUGGGCGAAACCAAGUUCAAACGAUGGUACUUGCCCGCAUCUCUUCCUGACGUCCGAGCGAGGAGGAAGCAUGCGACCCCGUCUGCUUCGAAGCAGGCGUUGAUAGCCAAUUCUGUACAGAGAACGCGGGAUAUUGAGAAGGAGCAAGCCGAGAGAGCAAAAGAAGAAGAGGAAGCUGGCAACACCCCUGUCGGAAGCUUGUUCCUGAGCGAACUGGAACGACGUCUGGAUGUAGUCAUCUUCCGAUCAUGCCUUGCGCACAGUGUAUACCAAGCCAGGCAUAUGAUCAUUCGUGGCGGUGUGAAACUCAAUGGAAGGGAGCACAUAAAUCCAAAUACUCGCAUGAAUCCUGGUGAUAUGGUCACCGUGGAUCCUUCAAGAAUUAUCUUUCUGCAGACCUCAGCGUUAUUGAAUAACAGAACCUAUGGCAGCGUCAUGACGCGACCCAAGGAUGAAGCGAACGCUGCUGGACAAGGUCGAGAUGAUCACGAUGCAGGUUUCUCUGAUCGUGGACAGAAGCAGUCCGACUUCCAGCAAAAAUCUCGCUCUCGGGGCAGGAAGGCUCGUCUUACGACGCCAUGUUCAAUAGAAGCACACAACGGGUCGGUAUUCCACCUCCCCCCUUACGCCUCGCCCUUCCUCUUCAUUCCUGCAUAUCUCGAAGUUAACUUUCCAACAUGUUCCGCGGUCUACAUUCGCCAUCCUACCGCUCGAUCAGGUUAUUCCGAAGUUCCAACUCCCUACGAUGCGGAUGGCGAAUUGAUUCGGUUGGCAUGGGAAUGGUAUUCCAGGAUACGCCCGCGCAUGAGGAGGAAGAGAGACUUGUGGAUGAGUCCCAAUCAGACAUAUGGCCAAUGGCCAAUGCUGUAGUACGAUAUUGUAUCUGCAUCCC